AUGUCGACUACGGUUAUCAUGACCAAUGUGAACAAUCUUGAUAAUUAUUCUUCUGCAUUAAGAAGAAACCAACAUAAACUAUAUGAAAAUAUUAAAUUAUCCCCAUCCCCUUUAUUUCAUCAACAAGAAGACCAAGGAAUUUAUGUUGAUGAAGAGCUUGUUCAAGAUUUGUAUGAACAAAAGAAAGGUCAUUUCUACUUCAUUCCAGAGGGCUUCGAACCAGUCCUUGUGCCAAAUGAUACAAAAGCUCAAACAGUAACUAAUCUUUUAGAAUCAACAAAACCUGUGUCAGCCGUACCAAAUGUUUCAAGAAUGCUCCCUGAUACUGAUGUCCGGCUUCCCUCCUAUGCAUUACCAUGUGCAAAGAAACCUCCAAGACCACCAAAUGCCUUUAUUCUCUAUAGAAGAGCAAAACAACCGGCAAUAGUAGCUAAAAAUGUCGGGAUCUCUAAUAAUGAUGUAUCCAAGGAAAUUGGCAAAAUGUGGCAUGAAGAGCCGGUGGAAAUUAGACUCAAGUAUCAGAAGAUGGCCGAGGCCGCAAAAGAAGAACACACAAAGAAAUACCCAGAGUAUAGGUAUCGUCCAAGAAGGCCACAAGAAAGAAAGCGUCGUUUAUUAACUCGUGGAAAAGAUAAUGUCGAAGGAAGCGAAGUUGGAGGAAAGGCCGCAAAACGUCUUAGAAGAAGCUCUGCUUAUGUUCUGGCUCAACGUCAAACACAAUAUAAGCAACUAUAA